CUGGCUCUCUCCAGUCGCUCCGAGUCCCUGCCGUCUGCCGGACGUUCCGAGCGUCGUCGGUGAGCAGCGACCGAAACACAUGAGCCGGACUGAAAGACUCCGUCCCUCCCUGCUGAGUUCGUCUCUGUCCGUGGUGAUUUACCUGCGAGUCCGCCGCGCUCUCGUGACCAAGUGCCCAAGAUGAGGUCCGAUCCGGAGGUCGGGAAACUCUCAGUGCUGCUGGCCGGGCUUCUCAUGAGUCUGCUGUGUGGGGCGGCGGAGCCACCAGCGGCCCAGUGGGCCGGGGACGACCACAGGAACGCCACCCUGCGGCGGCACAAGACCUGCGUGGAGAACGAGCAGUACCUGCAUCAGGGGCUGUGCUGCCUCAACUGCCAGGCCGGAACCUACGUGCACAAGGCCUGCGAGAGAGACCUGGAGCCGGGGACGUGCCUGCCCUGCGAGCGAGGGCAGACCUACACCGAACACCCCAACGGCAUGAACCGAUGCCUGGCGUGCAGCCCCUGUCGCUCAGACGAAAUCGAAAUAGAGGCCUGCACCACCACAACAGCCACCAGAUGUCAGUGCAAACCCGGGACCUUCUGUGUGCCGGAGCAGGCCUGCGAAGUCUGCAAGCGCUGUGCCAAGUGCAAGUCCGGGGAGGAGAUGGUGAAGGAGUGUACGCCGUAUUCCAACACCAUUUGUCGCAAGCGGGACGUCUCCCCGCCACAGACGUCGUCGGCACCCUCCACACCGACGCCGGCCAACUCCAGCAACAUCGUUGUUCCGGUGGUUAUCAUCUUCAUCGUCCUGGCCAUCGUGGCGGCGCUCGCUCUGAUGGCGUGGUGGUUUGGCAUCAAGAAGAACUCGUGCCAAAUGCCAUCAGGUGUGAAGAGUCACAGCGAUCCCCACGAGAUUGUCAAGAUUCCAAUCGACGAGAGCAGUCCGACGCCAGAGGAGCAGCAGAACAGCCAGAACGCCGGCCUGGAGGGCGAGGAGUCCCGGCCGGAGUCUCGCCCGCUGCUGCAGGAGACUCAGCCGGGGAUGACCAAGGCCUCGCCCCCCAUGGAGGACGAGGACCGAGGCCUCGGGGACAGCCUGCCCAACACCACCAGCUCGUCCCAGACCAGCCUGUCCGCCCUGCCCACGGCCGCUUCCUCCGGCAACACGCCGCAGCAGAGCCCUGCCGCCGUCAGGCUGCCCUCCGCCAUCUUGGACGAUCCUCUGCAGCAGCGGCUGGUGCCAGUGCAAGGGUCGGAAUCCUCCUUGAAGAAGAGCUUCGAUUUGUUUGACGAGUAUUUGGACGUACGGAUCCACAACAAGUUCUUCCGUUUGAUCGGAGUCAGCGACAACCAAAUCCGCAUCGCAGAAAGCGGCACGUCGGGCGACAAGGUCUACGAACUGCUGAAGAACUGGAUGCAGCGGCAGGGCCUGAAGGCCGACAUCAACGACUUGUUGGACGCUCUGCUCAGCUUGGACCAGCGCCGCUCGGCGGAGAACAUCGCCACCAAGGCGCUGCAGCGAGGCUACUACAAACACGCUCGCUGAGCGACAGCGGGCCAGCCACCACUGAAGGACCCAGCGGCGCCUGCGCCGCAUCGUUCACCGGCCGCGCUCCUAAAGCCAGUAGACGAUUGAAAACUUUUAAAAAGGGGAACUUUUGACGAUCGGAGCUCCGUGGACUCUGGGACGUGACCGUGACGAUGAAGAAAAGAAACUUUUUUUUUUCAAAUAGUUUCGCAAACAUGAAGGUGCGACACGACGUGGCGAAGAGAGAGGAGCACAUACACUGGCUGCACUGACCGCUGGCACAUGAACCGCCGUCCAGAUUCCCCAAACGCUCGUCCAGUGUCCAGAAAUCACAUGUUCCAACCUCCACGUUAUUUAUCGACAUAUUUAUUGUUGACUAUUUAUAGAAAGGCCAACUACCCUGGAGUGCGAGCGCAGUUACUGUAUCCCGCAGAAGAUUCUGGCGCUGCGCUCACCGUGCACAUUGACCUGCUGACCGCGCAGAAUAGAAGAGGCCUUCAUGGAGUCCGGUCUCUGAAAGACGGCUUUUUGAAAGCCCGAUUCAAGAUCAAACUUGAGGGUGAAAUGCUCGCCGCGCUAACCCUCUCCGCACUGCUGCAUCAAUCAUUUCAGUGGUCUUGUUGAAGCAUAAAGCAGGGGAAAAUAGAAGGUCAUGGGUUCAACUCUUAACAGUCAACACAGUUGAAUCCAUAUAACAAAAAGCUCCUGCACUUUUGACUCGCCACGGAUCGGAGGGUGAAGUGAAAAAUCACAGCACGUACAUGUAACGAGAAGGUCAACUGGUCGAUUCCCGUCAGACACGGUUUCUCCGACUCGUACUGAGACAUGUAACACGAUUAAAAUUCUUCACAGACGCAACUCAAAAAGAGACAGUGGUGUUUUGUUGACAGUCGAAAAAGGUCGCUAGUUCAAACCCCGAGGGCCGACACAGAAGAGUUCCUCUCAGUGAAGGGUGGGUGAGGUUUCAUGAAGCAGUGUCCUGCUUUCCAGAGGCCACCAGAUGGCGCUGUCGGCUGUAAAAUGUUUGGACUUGAACAACUCAUUCAAUGAAACCUCACAUCAUUUCUUAAACUAAGAGCGCCAUCUCGUGGCCUCUAUAAAGUUAGGGCACUGUUUCAUCAACCCUGCAGUACGGUUUCAUGACACCUCAUCUAGUUUCCGUGCUUUAAAAACCUAUUUAACUAAUAACCUACAUACCUUAGACAGUGAGGUCUCAGGUCAAGAUCGCGGUUUCAAUCCCACCUUGGCAACAUCUUACCCUGCUAUCGAGGAUCAUGGGUCACAAAUGCUUGGAAACUGAAUGCUACCAGAUCAAUGCUCAGAUGUGCGGAGACAAUCAUGUCAACAAAAGGUUCGAUUCCAGUGAAAAUAGCAGUGUCACAGGUUCCAACCCGACAUUCUGACACUGGAUUUGCAAGCUUCAGACGGCGUGAUCACCAUGUUGUCAGUCACCAGAUGGUUGAAUUCUCCCCAGUUAAAGCGAGGCUCUUGCUCAGCGGUCCUGCAGACGCUUUUUCGGCGCUCGAGCGGACAACAUUUGAUUCCUCAUGACUGCUUGUAUUGUACAUAAGAGCGUGUAUUUAUAAUGGCUGGGCUGUCGUGGGUUCCAGUCCUCGCCGAUGAUUUGAAAGCAGGUUCUCUGCAGUGACCGGCGUGUGGAGGACAGAGUUGUAAUACUACAGUGCUGGCACUGACCACGACACAAUCUCCAGGGACGAUCAACACAAAUCUGUUUCCUCCUGUUACUUGUACGUUUCCUGAAGGGGAACAGCCGGUGGUUUCACAGCGUCACAGUUUCCGUCAUUUCAGCCGCAGAGAUUGUCGCGGAAGUGUCAAAAAUGUUUUUAUUGUACAUUUCAACAUGAAUAUUUUGUACAGAGAUUGUCAUGGUUUGACUGUUCUUUUCCACAGUAGAGAUUAAAGUUGUUCAAGUAAAGGCUGGUGUGUGUUGGAAUGUAACCAUGAGGGGGCGCUGUUGCUGCUAUAUCCAUGCCAGCCAUCCAUGACAUGAUUCAAAUCCCUUCAUCAGUCCACACCGGUCACAUGGAAAUGAAGCUUCAGGACACAGUUUACUUACCGCCAGGUGGCGCUCUUUAAUGAUCUUACGGUUUGUAUGACUAUUUUGAUGAGGAUGACGCUCACAUGCCAAAGGUGGACAUUUAUGUGGAGACAUCCUGUCAU